GAUCAUUCACCCGGGCCAAAGCAGCUGCAUAACCAAAUGUUUCUGAGACACGGGCAGAAAAUGAUGCACUUCAACAGCAGUUUAUCAGCAAAACUUCAUCAACUCUAUAUUUAACUCGACUCCAAACAGACGGAUCCAGUUAGUGAGCGGCAGAGCAGCAUAAGAGCUCAGCGCUGCUGGACACUUCAGAUCUCCACAGAUCUGACUGACACUCGGGACACGGACUGCUGUCAAACAGCACGAACACAAGAUGGCUCAUUAUAAUCCAUCCUUAUCGUCUCCAUCAGACGAGGUCAAUCUGGGUGUGUCUGUCAAUCCUCAUGCCAAACCCACUGACUUUGACUUUCUGGCUGUGAUUGGUAAAGGAACAUUUGGGAAGGUGCUUCUAGCAAAACUGAAAGCAGAUGGAAAAUUCUAUGCAGUGAAAGUUUUGCAAAAGAAGGUUAUAUUAAAGAAAAAAGAGCAAAAGAAUAUAAUGGCAGAGAGGAACGUGCUGCUCAAGAGUCUGAAACACCCUUUUCUGGUCGGGCUGCACUACUCCUUUCAGACCCCGGAGAAGCUGUAUUUUGUCCUGGAUUACGUCAACGGUGGAGAGUUGUUUUAUCACCUGCAGAGAGAGCGGUGUUUCUCAGAGGCACGAGCUCGCUUCUACACGGCGGAGGUGGCCAGUGCCAUCGGAUACCUUCACUCUCUCAAUAUAGUGUACAGAGAUCUCAAGCCAGAAAACAUUCUAUUAGACCACCAGGGUCAUGUGGUGUUAACAGAUUUUGGCUUGUGUAAAGAAGGCAUAGAACCAGAAGGAACCACCUCAACCUUCUGCGGCACUCCAGAGUAUCUGGCUCCUGAGAUCCUACGGAAAGAGCCGUAUGACCGCACUGUGGACUGGUGGUGUCUCGGAGCUGUGCUCUAUGAGAUGCUUUACAGCUUACCUCCGUUCUACAGCCGGGACGUGUCUGAGAUGUACGACGCGAUCCUGCAUAAACCUCUGCAGCUGGCGCCGGGGAGGUCGGAGGCCUCGAGUCACCUGCUGUACGGACUCCUGCAGAAAGACCAGCGUCGCCGGAUAGGAGCCAUUGCUGAUUUUUUGGAGAUUAAAAAUCAUGUGUUCUUUGCCCCCAUUAACUGGGACGACCUCUACCACAAGCGAAUCACUCCUCCAUAUAACCCAAAUGUGAGAGGCCCAGCAGACCUUCAGCACAUUGACCCAGAGUUCACCAGAGAGAUGGUGCCCAACUCUGUGGGCCGCACUCCAGACCCCACCCCCAGCCUGGCCACCAGCAGCUCCAACGCCUUCAACGGCUUCUCAUACAUCUCUGGAGAAGACGGCUUCCUCUGAGGCGCCGACCGACGAAGGCUUCUCUCACCGUCAGGUCACUGAGCGCUGGAAAAACACUGGACUGUAAUGAGGGCAAACGCUGUGAAUCUGGAAACUCAGCUGUCUGAUAACGGGUUUUACGAUGUUGUGCUCAUUUUGCAUUCAUGUUUCAUCAGUACGCACACAUGUUCGUUGUGUAAGACUAAAGGACAUUGCCGGAGACGGAUUUGUUGAUUGCACCACCGGCAAAGCAUGUAGCUGUAGUUGCAAAAUCUGUAAAAGUCUAGAUUUCUGCUCUUGCUCGUCUUUUGGGGAUUGUGGAUCUGCGUGCCUUACUCUUGGCGACAUCCUCAUCUAACGUUCUUCAUCUGAUUAUUGAAAAGCAUGGAAAAUUACACCUUUGCUUUGUAACGUUUUGUGCAAAACGUCCUGUAAUGCAAUGCUCUUGUCACAAUCAAAUCUAUUUUAUGUAUGAUCCGUAAAUGUGAAGAUAAUUUGACCGUGCUUUAUGAAAUCAUGUAUUAAUGCUCAGAAAGUCUUCAGAAAUGUGUAACACCACUGAUGAAUACACUGUAAAUGUUUUGUGGCUAUACUGCUCAUAAUUACGUUUUUGUUUAAGGUUUAGUGAGAUCUUUGCUAAAGGUUUCCUUAAUCUUUGUGAUAUGUUAGAAUUCAGUGUGGGGGAAAAUGUGCUGAGAUUUUACUUCAUUUUCCUCUGAUGUGGCACUUUUUGUUUCCAUAUGACAAAGCAGCAAUGAAUACACGCAAGACAUUAUAUUCACACACUGUUCCUUCAUUUUGACUUCACCAGUAAGCAGAGCAUCUCCAUCUGUUUCAAUGGUAACAUUUACAACAUUAAAGUUAACUGCCAUUAAAUUACUAUAAUAAAAAUAACCAUUUUAUGAUUUUAUAAUGAACCAUUCACAAGACAUUUAGACUGCACACAACCAGAUAUGGAAGGUAUCUUCUGCCAAUUUUAAAUAAAUCGAUUCAAUUAAGAAUUGAAAACCAGAUGAACAAUUUCAUUAUAGAAAACUGUACACAAAAUAUGCGCCAAAAUUGAAAAUGAAUGAAAUGAUUUAUUUUUCAUUUUCAUUUUCACUGUG